UCUCCAUCCACCACACUCCCUCCCCCUUCUCUUCCUUUCUCUCUAUUCCCAUUGCCGCGUCGUCGUCGUCGCCGUUCUCUUAUUUCGGGCACCGGACUCCAUUCCGAGGGCUUAAUUUUGGGGGCAAUUUUCUAGGGUUCUUAGCCCAUUGUUUUCUCGCGUAAACCUGUCUCGAAUUCGCGGCGGUUUUGGGGUUUUUUUUCCAAGGGCUGAGAGAAAGAAUUCAAUGCUUUGGUAUGAAGUCUGAGGAUUAUUACUUCGCUUCCGAUGUAACUUCUAUUCCAAUGGAUGAUUAUGCUGCCAAUCCUGGACCGCUCGAUGAUUCAGUUUUGUACGAUCAAGACAAGCAUGUCUCCGCCGCCGUUUGGGAAGGACAGGAAAGAGGUGCACUUAGAUGUCACGAACACACUUCGAAACUCGAUCGUUGGCUGCUUACGGAUAGACAGGUUGAAUUGGUGAAGAGGGCCGGUUUCGGCUACUUGAGACUGAUUCCGGCAAUAAGUCUCGACAACCCUCUUAUUUCCGCAUUAGUCGAGAGAUGGAGAAAGGAGACGAACACAUUCCAUAUGACCGUCGGAGAAAUGACGGUAACACUCGAAGAUGUCGCAUACCUUCUCGGACUUCGAAUCGACGGAGAACCUGUCAUAGGCGUAACGUAUACGACGUGCGAUUCAGUGUGCAUUAAAUAUCUAGGUAGAUCUCCGGAUUCGAGGUACACAAGCGGCGGAAUGGUGAAGCUGAGCUGGCUUAAAGAAACUUUCUCGCAGUGUCCCGAAGACGCCUCCGUCAAAGACCUCGAGUUCCAUACGCGCGCCUACCUUCUUUAUCUCGUCGGCAGUACCAUUUUUUCGACCACGACCGGUAACAAAGUUCCCGUCAUGUACCUCCCGCUAUUCGAGAGUUUUGACUGUGCCGGGAAGUAUGCGUGGGGCGCGGCGACAUUAUCCUUCUUGUACAGGGCACUUGGAAACGCGUCGCUUAGAUCGCAGAGCACAAUCAGCGGCUGUCUGACGCUGCUUCAGUGCUGGAGUUACUAUCACAUGAACAUCGGCCGGCCUAAGCUCCAUCACGACCCAAUCCACGAGUGCUUCCCUUUUGUGCUCCGAUGGAAAGGGAAACAUAGCGGUCCGACGUCGAACCGUGAUGUUUCUUUCUAUCGUAAAGCUUUGGAUUCACUAAAACACACCGAAGUCGAUUGGUGCCCGUAUGCGAACAUCAGCCACACCGUUAUACCCGAUAGCGUCUUGAAUCAACUCAUUCUCGGACGAUCCAAGACAAUGUUGAUAUGCUUCGACAAGGCGGAAAGGCACCUUCCGGAUCGUUGCUUGAGACAGUUCGGCAUGCAUCAAACUGUCCCGGAAGACGUCCAGCGAUGGGAGAGGAAAACCCGCGGCGUCGACGGCGGGAUAGACCUGUCGACGAAAAUGGAAUUGGAGCUCAAUGAAUGGGCGAAUCGUCACCUCCAUAUCGUGGAAGCCGAAGAAGACAUGGAUGAAGGCGAAUACAUGAACUGGUACUUAAAAAUUACUCGACGAUUGAUAGGAAGACCGGUUCCGAUCUCAUCCGAAUUUCAACGAAUGAAUGCUGCAUUGAGGGACAUUGCGCAUGUGGCAGAUACGUUGUCGACGCACGGAAUGGACGACAACCAGAUACAGUCGAUUGCGAGAAUCAGGUACAUUGUGCACGAAGGCUUGAGGGAUCACGUCGGGAGCUCGACGGUGACCAUUGCCGCUAACUCGCUCGACGAGGUCGGAAAAAGGAUUAGAGGAAAGGAACGGGUUCGGAGAAUGGGGUCGACGAAACGGCGACGGAAAGACGACCCGGAAGAAUACUACACCCACACUCCGUCGUCGCAGCUCUGUUACUCCGUCAUCAACCCCGAUCAAUCUCGAGUCUAUCACAUGGCCCACGACGCCGUCGCCAUUGCCGAUCAGGACCACCUUUCGAUCCCAGUCGCAUUGGCCCCGUCGCACAUCGUCGACGGCGAUGCCGUCGACGAUCUCGACGAGUCCGAGUACCAGCUCACGGUCGAGGUCGAUGAGCCCAAGCUCAGCGUGUUAGACGAAAAUCCCCGCGCCAGUCGUGAGACGAUCUUGCAACCUCCACUCGGACAUGGUGAUCCUGUACAGCAGUCGACUCUGGCAAUCGGCGAGGACGUCGCCUGUCAGAACGAGUACAGCGUUACGGCAUAAUUAGAACGACCACCGGAGAAGAUGACCGGAGAUGGAAAAG